AUGGGGUCUGUUUCCAACCAGCAGUUUGCAGGUGCGAAGCCGGGUGAGGAGACGACCGGAGACUCGCCCAAGGCCGAAAACGAGCCCCAGCCGCUGCACGGCUCCGGCAUCUGCAAGUGGUUCAACGUCCGCAUGGGCUUCGGCUUCCUCUCCAUGACCGCCAAGGGCGGCGCGACGCUGGACUCGCCCGUCGACGUCUUCGUGCACCAGAGCAAGCUCCACAUGGAGGGCUUCCGCAGCCUGAAGGAGGGCGAAGCUGUCGAAUUCACCUUCAAGAAGUCAUCCAAAGGUUUGGAGUCCAUCCGGGUGACCGGCCCGGGGGGCGUCUUCUGCAUCGGCAGCGAGAGGAGACCCAAGGGGAAGAGCCUCCAGAAACGCAGAUCGAAAGGAGACCGAUGCUACAACUGCGGCGGGCUGGACCACCACGCCAAAGAGUGCAAGCUCCCGCCGCAGCCCAAGAAAUGCCACUUCUGCCAGAGCAUCAGCCACAUGGUCGCCAACUGCCCCGCGAAAGCGCAGCAGUCCCCCAGCUCUCAGGGAAAGCCUGCCUACUUCCGAGAGGAGGAGGACAUGCACAGCUCGCCCCUGCUCCCCGAAACCCGGGAAUGA